AUGUUGCUCCUCUCCGCCGAGGUGUCCCCCAACCAACCACUCCAUAACCCCGACUCCCUGUUCCCGUGUUGUGUUUUUGAUCUCGCCUCGUAUUUGUCACUGGGCAGGGGGGGGAGAGGAGUGCUAAGAGUUCCGGCACGUCUGUGUUUGGCAGUCACUCUGUGGAGAUUUUCUGCGCCGACGACGUUGCUACGCGAUCGCCUGUUCUGGGGCAUGGGGGAGACACUCGUAUGCGAGGUGUUCAAUGUCACCAUUGAGGCAAUAUACGAUCGAUGGGGACACCUUGUGCGGGAUUCGCAGGUCGAUGCUAUUCUUCCCAAGAUAGACGACUUCUGUGAAGCAAUAUCUAGCCGCGGCUCGCCCCUUCUACGUUGUUGGGGCUUCCUCAGUGGCACAAUCCGAAAAAUCUGCAGUUCUGGUCGUUGGCAACGUCUGUACUAUAAUAAUGGAUGGAAACGUCCCCAUGCCCUCAAGUAUCAGGCAGUAGAUGCUCCGGACGGUUUCCUUCGCCAGCUUUGGGGUCCUGCCCUCGGUCGCCGCCACGAUGUAGCGCUACUCGGGGAGAGCGACCUGCUUGCUGUGUUGAUGCAAUCGUUCAAUGAUGCGCAGGGAGAGCCGUCCUACCUGCACGGUGAUCCGGCGUACCAGAACUCGCCGUGGUUGAUGUCGCCAUAUCGGGGUUUGUUAACCCCUGAGGAAGCUGGCUUCAAUUCCGCCAUGAGCAGUGUUAGGGUUACGGUGGAAUGGGGGUUCGGUCGAGUCGUCGCCCAGUGGCCCUACGUAGACUACCACAAGAAGCAGCAGGUCGGUCUAAGCGCGUGUGACCUCGGCAAGCAGUAUUCUGUCGCCGGCAUUCUCACCAAUUGCCGUUGCUGCUUCUACCCAAACUCGACGGCACAGUACUUUGACCCCCAACCCCCGUCCCUCGAGGAAUAGAGAGAGGG